GAAUUACCUUCCACAUCUCAAAUGAAUGAUAGUCACAUUUCGGGGUCUGGUGAUUUGCGUUGCAUUUACAAUCAAACCCCUAAUUCGUGUUGUUCCGUUACAGGUGAGGACCUGGUGCGUAGCAAACUGGAUGCGCAUCCGCGGGUUGGAUGUAGACUGGAAUCAAGGAUAACAUCUAAGGUUCUUAGAUUGUGGAGAAUAUUUGGCGGUGCGACUAACAGACGUGCUGUUCAAGCAGGCAUUGCACCAUAUGCAAUCAUAAAUGCGACCAAAGCUUUUCUGGAGGACAUAAUCAGACUUGGGGGACCGGAUGCAAAUGUGUUGUGCUACAAAGAUCCGGCCACGUUUCGUUAUCUCGAACUACUGGGGAGAAUGUUUCCAAAUGCAAAAUUUAUCCACAUGGUACGUGAUGGACGAGCGGUGAUGGCCUCCUCUUUCAAUGAAACCGGAGAAACGGGGGAUAAUUUAAAGGUGUGGCAGUUAGUCGUGUCCAGGCUGAUCAGAGAGUGUGCAGCUAUCGGUUCGAGCAGAUGCAUCAACGUGCGCUAUGAGACAUUGGUUAUGCACACGGAGAGAGAAAUGCGUCGAAUUUCAGAAAAACUUCUGAAGAAUAUAAGUUUAGUGAACAGAAGUUAUGUGUUGCUCAACGUUUAG